AUGGCGCACUCAGGGCUAACGCAGGCGGGAGUCAUUCUAUCUGCUUUCUGUGUACCUCUUGCUACGUAUUUUCUUUUUCAGCGGUGGAAUCAAGCCCCAAGGAAACCAGCUGGACCCCUCCCGCCACCGACUGAGAUUACUGCACUGUUCAUUCAUCCAAUCAAGUCAUGCCAUGGUAUAUCCGUGCAGUCAGCCAAAAUUUUGCCUACUGGUCUGGAUCUUGAUCGUCAAUGGAUGUGGGUAACAUAUCCCGACUACCAGUUCCUCACGAUACGUCAAAACGCUCGAAUGACCCUAAUUCGCACGGCUUAUGACCCUGGAUCUGAUACUCUGACCGUAACUGCACCAGCACCAGACUUUAUUGACGAGAAGCUCGAAUUCUCCAUCCCCGCCCAUCCAUCAGAAGAGUGGCUCGAAAGGAACACGACCUCGCACAAUGCAACUGUCUGGAGCACCACCACUCCCUCGCGAGUCUACUCUACCGCUCUUACCUCCCCCUUUAACGCCUUCUUCGGCAAAGAAGUCCGCCUGGUAUACAAACCCCCCUUCUCCAACCAUCCUCGCCCCCUUGUUUCCAAUGGCGCCAAAAACGUCCUAGGCCGCGACGCCUCGACCUGUUUCGCAGACCUCAUGCCUAUCCUCGUAUGCAACCAAUCCAGCAUUGACGAACUCAACACUCGUCUCAAGGCCGUCGAUGAUCUAAUUGUCGAAAUUCGCCGUUUCCGCCCCAACAUCCUCGUUGCUGGCGAUGCUACGGCGCCCUGGGAUGAGGAUCGCUGGAAGACGCUGAAGAUGAGUCCUGUAUCUGAUAAAGGAGAUGUGAUUACGCUGGACGUGACUCAACGCUGUGCGAGGUGCCAUGUACCGAAUGUUGAUCCGGAGACGGCAGAGGAGCAUAAAAGACAGCCGUGGGAUACGCUGAUGAAGUAUCGGAGGAUUGACGAGGGAAUCACAUACAAGCCUUGCUAUGGUAUGCUGAGUGUACCGCGGACGACGGGCGAGGUGAGUGUGGGUAUGAAGUUUGAGGUUACAGAGGUUACGAGUGAACAUCGGUACAUUACUGGGUUUUAG